AUGUCGUUUGAGGAUGACGAACUAACCGAGGAGAACACCGUCCACGGACUUCUCCCCCAGCCUUUCUCACCAGCCUCUCCAUCAGCCUCUCAGCCUCACCCCCCAGCCUACCACCAGCUCUCUCCAUCAGCCUCCCCAGCCUCAGCCCCAUCCUCUCCCAGCCUCUCCCCUAGCUUCUCCCCCAGCCUUUCUCCCAGCCUCUCCUCCGCAUCUCCCCAGCCUACCACCAGCCUCUCCACUCAGCCUCCCCAGCCUCAGCCCCAUCCUCUCCCAGCCUCUCCCCUAGCUUCUCCCCCAGCCUUUCUCCCAGCCUCUCCUCCGCGUCUCCCCAGCCUACCACCAGCCUCUCCAUCAGCCACCUCAGCCUCACCCCCCAGCCUCUCCCCUAGUUUCUCCCCCAGACUCUCUCCCAGCCUCCCCAGCCCCUCCCCCCAGCCUCCCCAGCCUACCAACAGCCUCUCCAUCAGCCUCCUCAGCCUCACCCCCCAGCCUCCCCCAGCCUCUCCCCUAACACAGAGGUGUGACUUCGCUCUUGUGACCUCCUCUAUCAAGACACAGAGGUGUGACUUCGCUCUUGUGACCUCCUCUAUCAAGACACAGAGGUGUGACUUCGCUCUUGUCCCCUCCUCUAUCAAGACACAGAGGUGUGACUUCGCUCUUGUCCCCUCCUCUGUCCAGACACAGAGAUGUGACUUCACUCUUGUCCCCUCCUCUAUCAAGACACAGAGGUGUGACUUCGCUCUUGUGACCUCCUCUAUCAAGACACAGAGGUGUGACUUCACUCUUGUCCCCUCCUCUAUCAAGACACAGAGGUGUGACUUCACUCUUGUCCCCUCCUCUGUCCAGACUCAGAAAAAGUAA